AUGCGUCAAAAGGAGAUCAGGCAAGCUUUCAAUGCUGCGGACACAGUGGGUGCGGGACUCUUGGAUAGCGAAGCGACUUGCACAGCACUCGAGCUCCUUCAACUGCCAAUAUUGGAUAAGGCUUUGAUUGAGGAUAUGGUGACAUCUGAAGGAGUAGAAGGCUAUGUGGAUAUGGAUGGCUUCAAAUCGAUUGUACAAGAACUAGUGAAUAGCUCGUCAUCUUCCUCAUCGCAACAAAAGAUUCAAGACGCUUAUCGCUUGCUGGCCGAUGAUAGUGGUGUCAUUACUUUGGAAAGCCUACGCGAUGCAAGUCAACAAGAAGACUGGUCCUUGCGAGAACUUAAGGAAAUGAUGAAUGAAGCUGAUACCAACCAUGAUGGAAUAAUCGACAUGCAAGAAUUCAAACGUGUAUGGCAUCGUGCUGGAAUGUCUUGA